CGGCUUUGUUGUGAUAUUGUUGUCUACUGUGUAUAUCUAACAGUAGGAUAUUAUAAAACUUUUACGGUCUGUCGUGUUUAUAGUGUAUACUGUCUAUAAACGACCGGUAAGGAUUACGACGUUGACUUAAAUAUAUAUAGAACACCUAUUAUAAAGUCUAGAACAGCAGCACGUGUUCUGAAGAGGUGCCGGUGCUGUUGUUUACAUUUUGGCGGAUUCUCCACAUAAAUUCACUACCUACCGCUGUGACGUCACGUGAUAAGGAUGCAACAUCUUUGUCUGUUGGUUUUGUUCAGCGUGCUUCUUGGCAAUGGUGACGCGCAGGAACCAUGCGGUGAUGUUGAUAAAACACUUGGAGACUUUGAAAUGCAACGUUACUUUAUGGAAUCUCCAUCCGGCUUUGAGAAUGGUUUGACAUGCACGUGGACAGUGAGAGCUGCAAACAGCGGAAGUCGUAUCGCCUACCAACUUAUUGACAUCAACUUGGGAAUAGACGACUUUGUCAAUGUUUAUGCAGGUACGUCUGCAAACGACCCAGUCGCAUUGCAGAAUUACACUGCAACAUCAGCAUCGAUCAGUGUAAAAAGCGUCAACUCGUCAAACAUCUACGUGACACUUCAGACCGGAAAUGAUCCCCAGUCGAAACGGCAGAGUUUAGAUUCGUAUUACAUGGCCGGAACAGACAAAUCUGGAGCUGUGUCCUGUGUGAAUCAGAUGCUCACUGCUACUGCAGAACCACAAUUCCUUACGUCUCCGUCGUUUCCAGCUAAAUACCCACUGUCAAAGCAAUGCAACUGGACAAUUAAUGCACCGGAAUCUGCUACUCUAGAGCUGACAUUUUUGAUGAUUGACAUUGAGGUGUCUGCAGAUUGUCAAUAUGACAGGCUUAUUAUUUAUCUACCUGGCGGAAAAGAGUUAUCGAUAUGUAAACGUGGAGUGUGGGUUCCAGAAACACACACAAUAGCUCACAACCAGGUACAUUUGGACUUUAGCGGAGACGACUCGGAUUCAUUUGCGGGAUUUGUAUUGACUUACAAAGCGAUCAUUCCACCGCCAAUUACAACUACGACUGCGCCAGCACCAACACCAGCAAAGAGUGAAUAUGAUUCGUCUGGAUGCAAUGGUGAAGCCUGUAACCAGCCGACAGUCUCGGGAUCUUGUCUUGCCUACUUCAAAAAGUUCACAUUUGAUGCGGGGACAAAAGCCUGUAAAGAGUUCAUAUAUGGUGGUUGUGGGGGAAAUAACAAUCGAUUCGACACGCUAGAGGAUUGCCAAGCUACAUGCCUAAGCAAGUCACCUACUGUUGUUCAUUUCAAUACACAAGGCCGGGUUCGAAAUGACACAUGUGACUUACCACUGGUAACAGGACCUUGUCGCGGAGCGUUUCCGAAGUAUGGAUAUGACACAGCCAGCAAAGCCUGUAAGGAGUUUCUGUAUGGCGGUUGCGAUGGUAACGCAAACAGAUUCGAUUCGAAGGAACUAUGUGAAAACAGCUGUAUUACGACAACAGAAAACACAUGUGACUUACCACUGGUCACAGGACCUUGUCGUGGAGCAUUCCAGAAAUAUGGAUAUGACACAGCCACCAAAGCCUGUAAGGAGUUUCUGUAUGGCGGUUGCCAUGGUAACGCAAACCGAUUCGAUUCAAUGGAACUAUGUGAAAACAGCUGCAUAACAACAACGGAAAACACAUGUGACUUACCACUGGUCAAAGGACCUUGUCGCGGAGCAUUUCCUAAAUAUGGAUAUGACACAGCCAUCAAAGCCUGUAAGGAGUUUGUUUAUGGCGGUUGCGAUGGUAACGCAAACCGAUUCGAUUCGAUGGAACUAUGUGAAAACAGCUGUAUUACGACAACAGAAAGUAGGUUUCUAUAUCUAUUUUAUCUUGUUGCAGAACAUACAUUGAAUAAAGAAACAUGCUGUGAGGUGGUUUCGUGUGUCAUUCCUAUCAUCGUUGUUGUCGUCUUAGUCAUCGCUGCUGUAAGCAUUGCCAUUGUCUUGGUUAGGAAGAGACGUAACGAUUCCACGAAGUAUGCUCCAACUGCUGCCAGGGAACCAGGCGAUGUUAGCGAAAUGAAAGUGGCCCCGGAUGCCGCCGAGAAAGUGUAA